CGCCCGUUCGCGCCUGCGCUGUGGCCGGAAGGUCGUCCCUGUGACCGGCUUGGCUUUUGGAGCUGUUGUCGCCAUGUUGUCGGUUGCCGCGCGCUCGGGCCCAUUCGCGCCCGUCCUAUCGGCCACGUCCCGCGGGGUGGCGGGCGCGCUGCGGCCCCUGGUACAGGCCGCGGUGCCCGCCACCUCGGAGUCGCCUGUGCUGGACUUGAAGCGCUCCGUCCUGUGCCGGGAGUCGCUCAGAGGCCAGGCCGCGGGCCGGCCUUUGGUCGCUUCCGUGAGCCUCAAUGUCCCUGCUUCUGUUCGUUAUUCCCAUACAGACAUCAAAGUGCCUGACUUCUCUGACUAUCGUCGCCCUGAAGUGUUAGAUAGUACAAAGUCUUCAAAAGAGAGCAGUGAGGCUCGGAAAGGUUUUUCCUAUUUGAUAACUGCAACAACUACUGUGGGUGUUGCAUAUGCUGCCAAGAAUGUCGUCUCUCAGUUUGUUUCCAGCAUGAGUGCUUCUGCCGAUGUGUUGGCCAUGUCGAAAAUUGAAAUCAAGUUAUCCGAUAUUCCAGAGGGGAAGAACAUGGCUUUCAAAUGGAGAGGCAAACCCCUGUUCGUGCGCCAUCGAACCAAGAAGGAAAUUGACCAGGAAGCUGCAGUUGAAGUGUCCCAAUUGAGGGACCCACAGCAUGACUUAGAACGAGUAAAGAAACCUGAGUGGGUUAUCUUGAUAGGUGUUUGCACUCAUCUUGGUUGUGUACCCAUUGCAAAUGCAGGAGAUUUUGGUGGUUAUUACUGCCCUUGCCAUGGGUCACACUAUGAUGCGUCUGGCAGGAUCAGGAAGGGGCCUGCACCUCUCAACCUUGAAGUUCCCUCAUAUGAGUUCACCAGCGAUGAUAUGGUGAUUGUUGGUUAGAGACCUGGACUCAAGUUAUAGGCUUCUUUCAGUCUUCAUGUCACCUCAGAAGAGUUAAUUGAGAACAAGCCUUCUGUGCUUUGAAUUAGUUGAUUUGAAAUAUUUAAGAAUUGCUAAUAAUGUGUUUGCAACCAUGUAAAUUGAAUUUAAUGUUGAAUACUUUCAAGCAUUCACCUAAAAAAGCCACCAUUAAACAUUGUUAUGCUCAAA